AGGAAGAAGAAAUAAACUCCAAACCCUGGAAAAAGCUGCAAUAAUCAAGAUUCAAGAUUUGAACUUCCAUACAACAAAUCAUUGCUACUUGCAGAAGCCACUGAUUGGAUCCAACAUUCAAGAUCGAGGUUACACUCUCCUUCUCUGUUCUUUUUCUUCUUCAGAUUUCAAUUCUAAGUUCAAUCAAAUCUUUAGGGUUUAUAUUGUUCAAACAGUGACGAUUUGUUCACAAAUCGAUUUGUUCUACAUGAAGUUCUAAAUCUCAAAAUGGCACCAAAGAGAGGGUUUUACUUUUACCCCAUCUUCCUCAUUGUAUCUCUCUCAGCUCUCUUCAUCUUCUCUCUCUACCGUUCUUCCUCACUUUCUCUCUCAUCAUCUCCCCCAAUUUCCCAAUUCCCACUCACAAUCACAAACUUUAACAAAAUCCCAAACCCUAAUUUCCAAAUUUCCCCCAAUUUCUCAUUCACAAUCAAAGUCCUCACUUACGAUCGCCUCCGAUCACUCUCCCGGUGCCUGCGAUCUCUCGCAGCUGCUCAUUACGACAACGAGAAGGUUAACAUUCACAUAUUCAUCGAUCACUUCAAGAUUUUGGACCAAAAGGAUCAAGAUAAUGAGUAUUUGGAUAAGAAACUGAAUGAAUCUCGUGAAAUUCUCGAUUUUGUUGAUGGGUUUGAGUGGAAAUUUGGGGAGAAGAUGGUGCAUUAUCGGACCGGGAAUGUCGGGCUGCAGGCGCAGUGGUUGGAAGCGUGGUGGCCGGUUUCGGAUGAUGAGUUUGCGUUUGUCGUUGAAGACGAUAUUGAAUUGUCGCCGUUGUAUUAUAGAUUUUUGAAAAGUUUGAUUGUUGGUUAUUAUUACAAUGCGUCGAAUUAUAGUCCGUGGAUAUAUGGUGCUUCGUUACAACGGCCGAGGUUUGUUCCAGGUAAGCAUGGGAACAAAAUAAACAUAGAUAAAGAAACAAAGGUUUUCUUGUAUCAGCUUGUUGGUACGUGGGGUCAACUUUUGUUUCCGAAGCCGUGGAAGGAGUUUCGGUUAUGGUAUGACACGCAUAAGACGAAGGGUGUGAAACCGAUUCUUGAUGGCAUGGUGACAACGGGUUGGUACAAAAAGAUGGGGGACAGGAUAUGGACGCCGUGGUUUAUUAAGUUUAUACACGCGCGAGGGUAUUUUAACAUUUACACGAAUUUCUUAAACGAGUCAGCGCUGAGUGUCUCUCAUAGAGACACGGGGGUUAACUACGGGAAAACUGCAGGGCCCGAUUCGAAUCUGAUUCAGGAGAGUUCUCGUGAGAGCAACGUUUUCAAAUUGGAGCCUUUAAGAAAUCUUAAAUGGUAUGAUUUCUGUUUUCGGGAAGUAAUUCCCGAUAGGAUUGUGACAAACGUUGAUGAACUCGAGCUUGUUUUGAAAUCGGUCCAAAAGGCGAAUGCUUUAGUGGUUGUGAGCGUAGAUCAAACGUCAAAGAUGUUAACCCGAAACUUAUUGUGCCAUUUUGCGAGGCUUAAUGUUUGGAACUAUAUCUUUGUGGGUCCCGAUUCUGAAUUCUUGCUUGAUCUUGCAAGACGUGGGCAUACAGUGGUUAACGCGGAUGCAUUUUUCGACACGUUGAAGGAAUACAAAUCGAGUAAAUUAAGCAAGGAGAAUAUCGUGAAGGCGUUGGUCGUAAAAAAAGCGUUGGAAAUGAAGUAUGACACGUGGGUGUUGGAUCACGACAUGGUUCCGGUCAACGCUGACUUUUUUCUUGACUCGGUCAAACGCAAUCCCACCGUUGACUUUUACGUCGGGAAGAGACUUGGACUUCUGUUCGCCAGGAGUACAGGAUCCAGGAUCUGGAACAAUCGCUUUGUGAACGAGAUUGCACAAUCGGCGGACCCCACGAUGAGUAAAGACGGGGGCGGUUUUGGGUUUAUCGCGGGAAAGUUAUUGGAGAGGAAAGGUGUGAAGUUAGAGAGGUUUGACGAGGGUCUAGGGUUUAGCGUUGAGAUUAACGCCGGUGAUGAUAAUGGAAUCGUGUUAAAGAAUGACACAAAGGUUGUGUUUUGGUCUUCGGAUGCGGGUUCGGGUUUGGUACAAAACAGGCUUGAAAGUUUAGGUUUGUGGAUUAUAGACAGUGAAUCCCACUGUAAAGCUGUUAUUUGUCACCCAUCAUAGUUUUUUUUUUGGUUUUUAAGCAUAUUCUUUUUUGAUCAAGCUUGUGAUAUGUAAAAUCUUAUUUGGAUACUGAUUUAAGCAGUUUUGUUGGGUAAGACAUUGUGUUGUAAAUUGAGAUCUCCAAAUUGUUUAUCAUGAAA